AUGUCUGCUCUUGACGGCUCUCCUCCUGCCGCUGGGGGGCUGGAGCCCCACAUCCUCUUCGGGCUGUGCGGACUCAGCCUAGCCUUGCUCGUGCUCAACGUCUUUCUGGUGACCAGGCUGUGCCGGCGGGGGUCGUCGUCUGUGGACAUCGAUUGGUGCCAGAGUUUGGAGGCGGUCGAGGUGAGCGUGCCGCUCCCCAAGGGACGGGUCAGCCACGACGUCAAGUGCGAGAUCAUGCCGACGCGCUUCUCUCUCGCCAUCCGAGGAGAGAAGCCGGAGCCGUACUUGAGUGGGACUCUCUUUCGACCCAUCAAUGUCGACGAGUCGCACUGGCAGCUCUGGCCUGUCGGCGCUGCGGAGGGCGAGCCGCGCAGCAUCAAGGUGUCGAUGGCCAAGGCGAAGCCCAGCCGCUGGCCGACGCUGUUCGCGGCCGGCGCCGCGAGCGUUGUGGAGACACAGGAGAAGAAGAAGGACCGAUAGGAUGCGAUCCCUCUUGUUCUCGCUUUUGUGAGAGGACGUCUCUCUCCUCUCUCUCUCUACGACAUGUGCAUGCGCUCCGUGUCUGUCUCUCCUCUGGCGUUACAUCGAUGAUUGGCGGAGGAGCUGGAGUUUGCAUGCAUGUGCAUGUCAUGCGAUGUCGAUCUCGUCUCUCACUUCGUGGCUCGCGUAUCUCCGUAUGAAAACUUAGACGCUU